CUGUGCCCGAAAAUCGAGCAUGCGCGUAGUGGACAAAAGACGGUCGUCUGGGUGGUCGGCGGCAGGUUAGAAAUGGCAAAGGAUUUGUCUAUGGGAAUCUCAAGUGCAGUAACAAGUCAGUGUUGCUGUCUCUGUCCAGAUAUUUAAGGAGUGACCAGAUCUUUUCUUUGUAAAACCAAUAUAUCUGUUGUUGAUCCUUGGAAAAGAAGUAUCUCAUCCCAGCUGAAAAUAUGCUUUGUAUCUGAAAUGAAGUUACCUGUUGUAACUCAGGGAAAUCCACCAGAGCUGGGGUGCUGAGAAGACACCAGCAUUUGUUCACCAGAGAUCAUUUCUUCACAUGCAUUGAUUGUGCAAGGGUUUUGCUACAUCUGACUCUGAAUCACCAGAGAACUGGUGGCAGAUUGAUAUCAGUGUGGGAAGGGAUUUACUCACUUAGCCCACAUGCAGACAAACCAGUGAGUUCUCAGUGGGGAGUGGCCAUUUACCUGCUGUUUUUGUCCAUCCAGCCUGCAGAUACAUCAACAAGUUCACACCAUAGGGAGAUAGUUGAGCAAUUCUGAAUGUGGAAAGCAAUUCAUUCUGUCAUCCAAGCUAAAGAAACAUCAGAAAAUUCAAACCUGUAAGAGGCCAUUCACCUGCUCCAGGUGUGGAAGAGAUUCACUCAGUCAGUGCACCUGCAGACACACCAGUGAGUUCACAAUGGAGACGAGAUGGGACGAGAUUCACUGUUUAAUCUGUUGACCCAUGAGUGAGUCGGGAGAGGCCAUGCCUCUGCUCUGAUUGUAGGAAAGGAUUUACUUGGUCGUCUGACCUAUUGGCGCACCAGUCAGUUUACACUGGUGAGAUGCCGUUCACCUGCUCAGAUUGUGGGAAGGGAUUUUCUCAGUCAUAUCAGCUGAAGGUACAUCAGCGAGUUCACACUGGGGAGAGGCCAUUCACCUGCUCAGACUGUGGUAAGGAAUUCACUCAUUCAUCCAACCUGCUGAGGCAUCAUCGAGUUCACACGGGAGAGAGGCCGUUCACCUGUUCCGUGUGUGGAAAAGGAUUCUCUCGGCCAUCCCACCUACAAACACACCAGUCAGUUCACACUGGGGAGAGGCCGUUCAUCUGCUCAGACUGUGGGAAGGGAUUCACUCAGUCAUCUUACCUACUGGCACACCGGUCAGUUCACACUGGGGAGAUGCCAUUCACCUGCUCAGACUGUGGGAAGGGAUUCACUCAGUCAUCAAACCUACAGAGACACCAGUCAGCUCACACUGGGGAGAAACCAUUCAUCUGCUCGUUCUGUGGGAAGGGAUUCACUCGGUCUUCGGGCCUACUGACACACCAGUCGGUUCACACUGGGGAGAGGCCAUUCACCUGCUCAGACUGUGGAAAGGGAUUCACUCAGUCAUCUCAACUGAAGGUACAUCGGAGAAUUCACACUGGAGAGAGGCCAUUCAUCUGCUCAUACUGUGGGAAAGGAUUCACUCGGUCAUCUGACCUACUGGCACACCAGCGAGUUCACACUGGAGAGAGGCCAUUCACCUGCUCAGAUUGUGGGAAGGGAUUCACUCAGUCAUCUCAACUGAAGGUACAUCAACGAGUUCACACUGGGGAGAGGCCGUUCACCUGCUCGGACUGUGGGAAGGCAUUCACUUGGUCAUCUCAACUGAAGGAACAUCAGCGAGUUCACACUGGGGAGAGGCCGUUCACCUGCUCAUACUGUGGGAAGAGUUUCACUCGGUCUUCCCUCCUACAGACACACCAACGAGUUCACACUGGGGAGAGGCCAUUCACUUGUUCCUUGUGUGGGAAGGGGUUCACUCAUUCAUCCCACCUACGGACACACCAGUCAGUUCACACUGGGGAGAUGCCAUUCACCUGCUCAGACUGUGGGAAGGGAUUUCCUUGGUCAUUUCAACUGAGCCUACACCAGCGAGUUCACACAGGGGAGAGGCCAUUCACCUGCUCAGAAUGUGGAAAGGGAUUCACUCAGUCAUCCCACCUAGUGGCGCACUACCGAGUUCACGCUGGGGGAAAAGUUUAAACAAGCGGCAUGCUGGAUAUUUAACCACUCCAGAGCCAAGUUCAAAAAUUACUGUUACUGUCGAACUCUGCAACGAUUGCUGCUGCUUAUUACACCCACUUCUACACCCUCGUCACUGGGCAUGGAAGAAUUUUCUUCUGCUGAUGUUCACCUUUAAUGGGACUAGAAUUUAAUAUUCUGAAUCUGUGAUUAAUAAAUCAAUUCUGUUUUAAGCUCUAUCUUGGGUACCUACUGAGUCUACAACACACCCAGUGUAGAGUAGGAAGUCAACUCAGCCCAGCUGGUCCCUGCCAGUAUUUCUGUUCCACAGUAGUCCUUUUAAAUCCUUCCCUGCUGUUCACCUCUCGCUCUCCCUGCGGUGAUGGGUUGCAAACAGUCCCCACUCUGUGGCUGAAGAGUUUUCCCUUGAAAUUCCUGCAUGACUUUCUGCAAACUGAAGAUGGUGAUGAGCUGGACCAAGGAAGAACAAUGUAGGUUGUUAACCUCCAUAUGCCCUGUUCAUUUCAACAUUAUGGGUCAUUUUCACUGUUUAUAAAGAGUUGUGUCUCAUACAGUUGGGUUGUUAAAGUACACCAUUUUCCGCUAAAGACUGAAAGUAGAACGGAGAACCUUUAGUUGAAUGUUCAAUGGAGCAGGGUCAGAAAUGGGUCAACCCAGGGACUCUGGGCAGUGGUUGGUGUAAGAGCAUAUGAUGCGGGGGGAGAGCAGAGCGGGGCAUGACAAUGAGUGGCAAACAUUUAGAAGCUGAUUGACACAGAGAAAAAUUACAUUGACUUUGACAAUGUACACACAAUGCCUGUUGACAUUGAAUAUAUUGCUUGUGGGAGCUUGCAACUGAGUUCUCAUAAAAGUAUUGAUUGGUCUGGUGUCAUUUUGGCAGGGGGGAGACAAUGCUUGUAAUUGUUUUCAAUGGCACUGUUCUUACCCAGGAAUCUCUGAGACUCAGGGUGUACGAUCACUGUGAAUCAAGUGCAUAGCUGCUGAGAGUCUAAAGAUAAGCUCUAUGCAUUACUUUUGUGUCUUUAGCAGAUUACCUUUGAAUGCCAUCUGGUUCUGGAUCUGUCUGUCAAGUGAGACCAUUGUUUCUUCUAUUCUGUCCGGAUGGAUAAUGAAAACAGACACCUCUGUUUUGGGUAACAAGUGACCCAUUGCAUUCACACCACAGAAGUUCCACACAUGAACAAUUUCUAACAAGAAAGUCUAAUAAUCUACUAUUGACAUUGCCAUUGCUGAGUUCAUCCCCAUCAAUCUCCCUAGUGUCACUGAUCUGAAAGCCUCCAGGAACAGCUGUGUAAGUACUGUUGGGUAUUGUGAUGUGCUAUAGCAAUGGACAGAGACACACUAAACCAAAUCACAGAUAGAUAAUAGGCAGGAUUGUUCCAUUACGUUACAGACAGGUAGACAAGUCAGGGGAUUCGAAACUGAGCCCAGAUGCCUGAACUGUGAAUUGGUAGAUUUGUUCUAACUUGCAUGGAGUAUCAUUAUGACAGUAUGAUGUCAGAGAUUGCAUUGGAGACUAAAACUAUAUAGGAUGCUGGUCAGACCCCACUUGGAGUAUUGCACUCAGUUCUGGUCGCCUCACUACAGGAAGGAUGUGGAAGCCAUAGAAAGGGUGCAGAGGAGAUUUACAAGGAUGUUGCCUGGAUUGGGAAGCAUGCCUUAUGAGAAUAGGUUGAGUGAACACAGCUUUUUCUCCUUGGAGCGACGGAGGAUGAAAGGUGACCUGAUGGAGGUGUACAAGAUAAUGAGAGGGCACAGGUUUAAGGUGCUUGGAAGUAAGAACAGAGGAGAUGUCAGGGGUAAGUUUUUUACACAGAGACUGGUGAGUGGGUGGAAUGGGCUGCUGGCACCGGUGGUGGAGGAAGAUUCAAUGGGGUCUUUUAAGGAACUCUUGGAUCGGUCAUGGAGCUCAGAAAAAUAGAGGGCUAUGGGUAAGCUUAGGUAGUUCUAAGGUAGGGACAUGCUCGGCAGAGCUCUGUGGGCCGAAGGGCCUGUACUGUGCUGUAGAUUUUCUAUGUAACUAUCUCAUCUGAAAUGCUGUCAUUCACCCAUUGGUAUUUUUUUUUAAUAAACUUUUUACUGGGUAGAAAAGGCAGGAGAUUUUAUGUAUGGCAAUCUCAAACACGACAACUCAUCAGUGAGUGCCAUUUUACCAGCAUUUGAAUACCAUUGUUCUUUGAAUGUAGCAUUGGAGAUGCUAGAUAGCAUGUAGAUAGGUGUUACACCAGUUGUAGCAAAGAGAGCCCAGACAAAUGUCAGUGUAGGGGUGAGAUUUGGAUGAAGCACCCUGAAAGUAAACCUUGUAGAUCAUCUUCUAGUUAUUGAAGGAGUGAUCAAAUAUUUCCUUUGUAACACCAGUAUAUCUCAUAGGUGUCCUCCUCCUUCAAAGAAUGGGGUUUCCCUUCACUAUUGAUGCUGCCCCCACCUGCAUCUCUUUCUCACACGUCUGCGCUCACCCCAUCUCCCCGCUGCCUUAACACUUAAUCAGUGAUAGAGUUCUUGUUACCUACCACCCUAUCAGCCUCCACAUCCAACACAUCAUCCUUCACAACUUCCUCCAUCUCCAAAGGGGUCCUACCACUAAACGUAUCUUUACCUACCACCAUCCCCAUUCCUUGGCUUUUUGUAGGGAUCGUUCCUUCCACGAUUCCUUUGUCCAUUCAUCCCACUCCCGGCACUUAUCCCAGCAAGCAGCCUAAUGCUUCACCUGUCCGCUCACCUCCAUUCAGGGCCCCAAACAGUCCUUCCAGGUGGGACAACACUUCACCUGUAAAUCUGCAGGGGUCAUCUUUUGUGUCCAGUGCUCCCACUGUGGCCUCCUCCACAUUGGUGAGACUCAUUGCAAAUUGGGAACUGCUUCGUCAAGCAACUUUGCUGCAUCCGCCAAAAGCAGAACUUCCCAGUGGCUAAACAUUGUCAUUGUCAUUCCCAUUCUGACAUGUCAGUCCAUGACCACCUCUUGUGCCAAGUUGAGGUGAUGCUCAGGGUAGAGGAACAACAUCUUGUAUUCCAUCUGGUUUUAAAAGAAAAUUCUAUCCCCCUCUCUGGCCUCUUACCAGCCUAUAACCUCCCCUUGGAGCCCCUCCUUUCUCUUAUAGUCCAUUCUCCUCUUCUGCUACUUUUCUUCUCCAGCCCUUUGUCUUUCCAACACCGUCUGGUUUCACCUUCCAGCUAUCCUUCCUCACCACCUGCCCCCACCUUUUUAUUCUGGCAUCUUCCUGAUGACGGGGCUCAGCAUGAAAUAUCAUUUUCCUAGAUACUGCCCGACCUGCUGUGUUACUCCAGGGGCUUCAGUGAUUCAGCUGGUCUGCAGGCUCACCAGUGAGUUCACAGUGUACCUGAAGGUACAUCAGGGAGUUCAUGCCACACAGAGACAGUGCCCCUGUUCUGAAUGCGUGGUGGGAUUCAUUCAGUUGUCCAGCCUGAAGACACAUCAGAAAACUCACAGAAGAUCAGAUGCUCAACAGGGAGAAACCUUUCACCUGCUCCAUCUACGGGAUGGGAUUCAUUUUGUUACACUGGGGAGAGGCCAAUUGUCUGUGUGAAGGUAUUUCCUUGAUCAUCCCACCUGCAGAUACAUCCAUAAGUUCACAUGAGGGGGAGACCACUCAUUUGCUCCAUAUGUGGGAAAGGAUUUGCUCAGUUAUCCCACCUUGUGAGGCAAUAGCAAGUUCACCCAGGGGAGGCAGUUUAAGUUAUUCCAUGUUGAGUUUUUAACCAUCAUAUUUAGUGAAUCCAGUUGCAAGUUCUAGAGUGAGUGUGUUGUCACAUUGCAGUUAUUGCUGCUAUUCAUCGCACCUGGAACUGAACUCUGGCCGCCGAGCACAGGAGUGGUUUGUUCGGAUGACAUUAGCCUUUAACUGACUGGAGUUAAAUAUUGUGGAUCUGACAUAAAUAAAUCAAUUCAAUUUUAAA